AUGGUUCCUUCUUUUUUUUUUUUUGGCCUUAUUGUAUCCACCAAGCCUCGAACAUUUUUGUCACUGAAUGAGCUUAUAUUGGCCAAUGUCUCGAUAUUGUUUUUCAUCUCCAAACCCGAUGUCUUCAAAAGCCUAAAUUCUGAGACCUGCAUCAUAUUUGGAGAGGCAAAGAUUGAGGAUUUGAGUUCUCAGCUUCAGACAAAGGCGGCCCAACAAUUCAGGAUGACUGAUAUAGGUUCUGUGAUGGAAAAAUCAGAUAUUUCUGCCUUGGCUGCUGCAGCACAACCAGAUGAGGCGGAGGAAGGGGAAGAUGAAGAGAUUGAUGAGACACGGGUCGAGCUUCGUGACAUUGAUUGGUAA